AUGGUUAGCGACUUUUCUUACGUAGUUCUUACAGUUUUUGCUUCCUUCUUCCAGGCUAGCUCCAGUACCCCAGCCAGCACCCCAACACAAUCCCCAGCAGCAACCCCAUCCUCAGGCUCUACCCAGGGAGACCUGGACCUGUUCAGUGAGACUGGUGGUGGAGUUGGCAUUAAGGGGGAGGACACCAGGGCCAAGAAACACCUCUCCAAGGACUCCAUCCUGUCCCUGUAUGGGAACACCAGUAUGCCUCAGAUGCCCCAGCACCAGCAGGCCCCGCCUGCUGGAAUAUACAUGAACCCCGCCCAGAUGCAGUUUCCAGUAGGCAUCCCCCAGCAGCAGGUCCCCACUGGCUACCAGGCCUUUCCUGGCAUGGGCACGGGCAUGCCCCCCACCACCGUCAUGGGUGCCAUGAUGGCUCAGAGCGGAGCCGCCAUGAUGGGACCCAACACAGGCAUGAUGGUUGGCAUGACGAUGCCCAACGGUUUCAUGGGACAAGCGCCUGCGGCCGGGAUGGUUGGCAUGGCUCCGAGGAUGAUGGGGGUACCCCAGGGGGGGAUGCCCGCGGGUAUGGUGCCCGCUCAGGGCAUGCAGGGGAUGUAUGCCGUCCAGCCUGGGCAGCAGGGCCAGUGGAACAUGGGACAGAUGAACCAGCAGAUGUCAGGGAUGAGUCUGAACGGUGCCGGGGGGGCAUGGCCUUUCGGUCAGCCUGCCUCCACCAUGGGAGGCUGGGCCGCUUCACCCUCCGGUCAGACACUCAGCACACAGCUCUGGAAGUGA